AUGGGUCAUCUCCAAAACUCUACCAAAAGGUCGACCAUGGUGUCGUGCUGGAUCCUGGGUUUGACGGCAAGCAUCACUUGGACCAUUAUCCGAAUCCAACGUGCCGCCGGCUACUGCAACAGCAUGCAAUGGAGCCACUGUGGAAGUUGGAAUGAGGAGUACAUAUAUUCGCUCGAAGAGUGGACCCGAAGGAUCGGCAGCUCCAAUGUGUUUAUGUACAGGACGCGAAACAAGGUGCCAUUUCCUCCAGAUAAGCGGUUUCAUUCAGGCUCCGACUCGUUCAAGGUUGCAUUUGGGUUCUGGACGGAGUUCCAGCAAGAGAUGUGGAAGUACUUUUUGGAGAACGAUACUGGCCCGUGUUACCUGGAUGCUGUGUAUCAACCAUCCACCGACGGCUUCCAGAUCUGGGCCCUGUUUUUUGAGCGCAACAGCCAGCCGGUGCCAGUCUCGUAUCUGAUAACCACCUGGCGUCUCAAUGCAGCUGAUCAGCGACUGGCUGCUUGA